ACUUCCGGCAAGAUGGAGGACCGGGUGCAGCGUAUUUUCUGAGCUCUGUCUCCUUGUCCCACUUUUACAAAUACUUUACCAUCCAACUCAAUUCUAUCUGAUCGUAUGAAUCUCUAAUACACCAUACCGACGCUUUAACCAUAAAGUGCUCCGGAAACUGCAGCAUGACGACGGAAAAGAACCUCUCUUCAGCCUGCAGUAGCUCGGAGAUUGACGACCACGAUGAUGUUAAGAUGGAGGUCUCUACCGAGAGCUACAGAAGAAAAGACCCUUUCUCACCAGCGAAGAACCCACCAGCAACUAAAAAGAAGGACACUGGCUCAGAGGAAGAUGUCCAGCAGCUGUUGGUGAGUAAAGAAGAGCUUCCACCUGAGCAGCAGGAGUGGAGCCACAUUCUGGACCAGGAGGACACUAAGCCCAAACACAUUAAAGAAGAACAUGAGGAACUGUGGAGCAGCCAGGAGGAAGAACAGCUUCAAGGACUGGAGGAGGCUGAUACCACCAAGUUCCCCUUCACUCCUGUCUCUGUGAAGAGUGAAGAUGAUGAAGAGAAACCUCAGUCCUCACAGCUUCAUCAGAGACAAACUGAACAGAUGGAAACAGGAGUUGAUGGAGAGGACUUUGGAGGAGCAGAACCAGAGAGGCACUCAGCUCCAGAGAGAGGUUUACAACCAGAGAUUGAGGUCAAGAUUGAAGACUCUGAUGAACCUGAGACUGAUGACAGUGAUCACUGGCAAGAGACAAGAGAAGAUCUGUCAGAAUUAAACUUGAAAAAUAAGAAACUGACUGGUAAGAGACCACAUAAGUGCUCUGAGUGUGGUAAAAGAUUUAACCGAAAAGAGCAUCUGACGAGACACAUGUUAGUUCAUACAGGAGAGAAACCCUUCAGUUGCUCUAAAUGUGAGAACAGAUUUACCUGUAAGUCUAGUUUGACAUAUCACAUGGCAAAUCACAGAGGGGAGAAACCCUUCAGCUGCCUUGAGUGUAGUAAAAGAUUUAAUCGAAAACAUAAUCUGACCAGACACAUGUUAGUUCAUACAGGAGGGAAACCCUUCAGCUGCUCUCAUUGUGAGAAAAGAUUUACAUGUAAGUCUAGUUUGACAUAUCACAUGGCAAAUCACAGAGGGGAGAAACCUUUCAGCUGCCUUGAGUGUAGUAAAAGAUUUAACCGAAUAGGGCAUCUGACCAGACACAUGUUAGUUCAUACAGGAGAGAACCCCUUCAGCUGCUCUCAGUGUGAGAAAAGUUUUACCUGUAAGUCUAGUUUGACAUAUCACAUGGCAAAUCACAGAGGGGAGAAACCUUUCAGCUGCCUUGAGUGUAGUAAAAGAUUUAACCGAAAAGGGCAUCUGACCAGACACAUGUUAGUUCAUACAGGAGAGAAACCCUUCAGCUGCUCUCAGUGUGCGAAAAGAUUUACCUGUAAGUCUAGUUUGACAUAUCACAUGGCAAGUCACAGAGGGGAGAAACCUUUCAGCUGCCUUGAGUGUAGUAAAAGAUUUAACCGAAAAAAGGUCCUGACCAGACACAUGUUAGUUCAUACAGGAGAGAAACCCUUUAGCUGUUCUGAGUGUGGUAAAAAGUUUAACCGUAAAGUGCAUCUGACCAGACACAUGUUAGUUCAUACAGGAGAGAAACCCUUUAGCUGCUCUGAGUGUGGUAAAAGGUUUAAUUCUAAGAGAAAUUUGACCAGACACAUGAUGAUUCACACUGGAGAGAAAUGUUAAUCCUGUGUAAUGGUAGAAGUGAGCCAAAGGAAUCCAAGUUAACAACUAGGGCUCUUGAAAUUAAUAAUUUAAUCGAUGCAUCGCGAUGCAGACUAGAUGAUUAAUGCAUCGAUGCAGGGACAGGACGUAAUCGAUGCUGAUGAGGGUUAGAAAAAAAUAUCUGCUAACUGCUAAAUGUGGUUGUUUUGCGCAGUGUUGAGUGAGUUUGUUUUACCUAAACACACACAGUGGUGUGUAAUGAACGUAAGGUAGGCUCACAGAAGGAUUUGUGACAGAAAACAACAUAAAUUGAGUCCCGGUCCUGUGCUUGCUGACUUUAUGAGCAGAGUCAGCUGGUCCUGCAGGCUGAAACGGCUUGACUCGGUGUCUCUUUAGCCGACCACAGCACGGGUUAGCAUCUUCAUCACAGGUAAAGGUGUGUUUAAACUGAUGCCGCGCUGUCUUAAGUAAAGGAUAACUAAAAGAAGGGGGCUGUGGCGGUGACUCGUGAUAAAGUGAGCGGCUGUAAACACAGUAGACUCCCGACAGAAUCACCGCUAAGUGCACCUCCGCUAAAGCUGCGUUCGUUCGAUGAUAAACACAUUGUAUUUCCGAUAAGUUCUUCACAAUAAAAGUCCCCGGCCUAUCUGAAGUUGAAGUGCUUUUAAUGUGAAACAUUCAUAUCAGGAAAUGGGGCGUUUACAGCAGUAGCAACUUAACACAACUCGUCUGAAAUAAAAAGGACAGAAACAAAACUAACCCUGAACAAAGCUCACAGCUAAAGGCUACAACGUCCUGAGAAGGGAACACACAGUGACUUAAAAACAUCUUUCUCUCAUUUAAUAAACUAAACACACAAACACCUACUUUUUACCUAUACUGUAGGCUACCUAUAUAAUUAGUGCUGGGCAAUAUGGCCUAAAUUUGAUAUCACAAUAUUUUUUUGCCUAAUGUCGAUAUUCGAUAUGACUCGAUAUUUAUCGUAUUAAAGUUUAUAAAUGUAGUCUAUAAAAUUGAAUCUCCACUGUAUAAAACAAAAAAGAUCACUGGGCCAGGAACAUUACUUUUGAUUUGAAGAAUAACAGUCACCAAUUUACUCUUGAACCUUUCUGAUGCAAAAGUCAAUUACAAC